AUGGCGUCCCAUGAUGCCAGCAACACCAAUGUUGAGUCUCUUCCAUCACAUGUGUUAUCUGAAAUUUUCGCCACAGUCGCAUCUUCUUCCGUGGCUGAUCUCUACGCGCUCAAGACCUGCUCUAGGUCCUUUCAGAAUCUCAUUGAAGAAGACGACUACAUCUACAAGCACGUGUGCAUGCAGAAGAUUCCUUACAUUCCAUGGUUCAUCACGCCCCAGGAAUCUUCCUUCUUGACUCGUUGCAAACAGAGCGGGAACCCAGAAAGCUUGUUCAGAGAAGGAAUGGUGAAGUUCUUCAAAGAGGUGAAGACGGACUCGGGUCUCGAAAGAUUGAAGGAGGCUUCACAGAAGGGCCAUACAGAAGCAAGAUAUGUGUGGGGCAUGAUUCUGCUGUGCAGUGAGGAAGAAGAUGAGAGGAAACAAGGCGUUGAGUUGCUGCGUUAUCUGGGAAAGUUGAGGUGUGUGAAGACAUGUAGGAAGAAGGUAAAGGAAUUUUUAGGGAUGAUGUGGAUAAUUAAUCGUACGUUGUUCGGGAAUAAUAAUAAUAAUAAUAAUGGUCGUGAUUAUCAUCAUCAGCGUUUGUUGUGUGGUUCCAAGAUGUGCCGUGGGUUGCAAGAAAUCGCAAGAUUGGAAAGAGGAUGGCCGCGGGUGAUUGGUGAAGAAGAUGAAGACGAGGAUAUUUCAUGUGAGUUAUGCAAAUGGGAUUACGAGUUGCGUCAGUUUUAUAAGAUAUAUCGUUGA